CUCAGACUCACAGACUGACUGAGGAUCCCUGAUCCUGGAACCCAAGAGAGAGAGAAGGAAGAGAGAUCUUAUUCUAUAUAUCUAUAUCUAUCAUGUGUGUGUGUGACCUGCUGCCUGUCAUUGGGAUGAGAAGCCUGGCUGCCCUCCUGCCACUCCUUCAGCUGGCGGCCCUCAUCUGCACUGGUACCUCUGGCAAACUGAUGGAAGCCUCCUGCCCAACUCAGUGUGUGUGCCCUAAAGAAGUCCAAUCGUGCCCUCCUGGCAUCAGCCUGCUGACGGAUUCCUGCGGGUGCUGCAAAGUCUGUGCCCGUCAGUAUAAUCAGGACUGUGGACUGAACCAUCCGUGUGAUCACAUCAAGGGCUUGCACUGUGACUAUGGCGCCGACCCUUUCUCUCCCAGGGGCAUCUGCCGAGCAAAGUCAGAAGGGCGGCCGUGUGAGUUCUUUGGUCAGAUCUACCAGAACGGGGAGAACUUUCAGCCCAACUGCAAGCACCAGUGCACCUGUAUGGACGGGGUGGUGGGCUGCAUGCCCUUGUGCCCCCAGGAGAUGGCAUUGCCUGGUGUGGACUGCAUUAACCCCAGGCUGGUGAAGGUGCCAGGGCAAUGCUGUGAGGUGUGGCAGUGUGACAGCAAUCACAUAUCCGAGGACUCGGGAGACACCACCACAGGAGAUGGAGAAGACCCAGUAAGGUCAUCUGAAGAGAUUGGAGAGCUGGCAGAUAUUGAGCCGGUGUCAAGUAACGAGCUGAUCAGCUUGGUCAGAAAUGGAUUCAGGGUGGAAAAUGGGCUGGCUCCUCUGCCACAUCCGGGCAAGACAACCUGUGCCAUCCAAACUACAGAAUGGUCUCAGUGCUCUAAAUCCUGCAACAUGGGAGUCUCCACCAGGAUCACCAAUGAUAACCCCCAUUGUAAGCUUAUGAAGGAGACCCGUCUGUGUGAAAUCCGACCUUGCCAAGAUCCAUUUCCUACGAUGUCCAAGAAUGGAAAGAAGUGUGUUCGCACCAAGAAAGCCAAACAAGCUGUGCAUAUACCAUACGCCGGCUGUACCAGUGUGCGCCAAUACAAGCCCCUGUACUGCGGUUCCUGCACUGAUGGCCGCUGCUGCACCCCUUCCAAGACAAGGACCAUGCGUGUCCGCUUCCGCUGCGAGGAUGGAGACACUUUCCAAAAGAGCAUGAUGUGGGUGCAAAAGUGCAAGUGCCACCAGGACUGCCCCUAUCACAGCGAACUCUCCUACCCCCACUAUCGGCUACACAACGACAUCCACAAAUUCAAGGACUGAGCCUUAAGGGUGGUGGUCAAGGAACAUGACACCCUAAGCAAAGAACACUUUCACCCCAGGGGUGUUUGUAGCUCCCUGGGACUGGUGUGUCGAGCCUGGCAGGAGAGAGGUCCACAAGGACUAGAGUUUCACAUAAUCUCAAACUGCUGCAUAAUAUACCCAAUGUGGAACUGAUCCGACGCUUGCCCCAGGCAUAGUCAUAGUAGAGGAAUGUAAGGGAGCUCAACUAAUGUCUUCAGCCAGCCCUGAGCCUUAACAAGUCAGUCAUUGUAGGAUGCAGCUGCCCCCAGUUUGGCCUUAUAGUCAUAUCAUGACGUACUUUUCAUGGCUGUAGAUGCAACUGAAUGAUCUCCCAUAGGGAAUUACUCAAAGUGAUGAAGCAUUCUGCAGGAUGGACGUAGGGUAGGCUAUCAUCUAAAGAUGCCUGUCUUGUAGACGCCCUACCGAAAGGCAGACCUUCUGUCUGCUGUGGUAGAGAGAAAGAUGUGUUUGUGAGGUCCCAGUUAGUCAGAGAGUGGAGGGGAUACCCAUCGGAUAUUCAUUGAACACACACUGUUAAACCAGUUGUUAGAGUAGUCUUCCAUGGUGAAAUUGAUUUAGCACAGAAAGAAAUUUAUGCUGAAUUGAUUGACCGGUUCUUACUGAGACAAUGGUGGCUUUGUAGUGUAGUCCUGUCUCCAUGCAGAGAUAACGAUGCUACAAGCACUUUGUAGAUUUGGUGAACAAUGAGGUCCCUUGGACUUUGCAGACGUUCUUGAUGCUGGUCCCGACGAGCUGCUGCUUUUAUUGAGCAGGAUUCCAGGGAGCACGAGAGCUUCCCUAAUAGAACUUAGACGAGGCCUUCAGCUUAGAAGCUGCUGGUCUGGAUGCAACGACUGAAACUUGAAAGAAUAUGAAUCGUCCCCCCCCCAGGACAGCAGCCUUUUCCUCAACCCCCCCCCCCCCAUUACCUUUGCAGCCUCUACCAACACCCACUCAGCACUUUGUACAGAAACAAAUACUGCUUUAUGUACAUAGGGGAUGUAGUCCACUGCUGGGCUUGGGAGAUGUCCAUACGACCCCCAGUGGCCUCUCUUCUCUUAUUUCAGUCAUUACUCAUCUGUACAUACAAAUAACAAUCAAAGGCUUCAUUCUUCAUGCACUGCCCAUUUAAAGGUGUAUAUAAUAUAUUAAAGAAGAGAUAUAUUUUUUUUUACCCCCCCAUCCAGGUAGAAGUUGAUGCUUUUUUACUCUAAUGGUCAUGUACUUAUUUCCCUGUAUUCACAGGAAAACAUUUUGUGAUGAGAAAUUUACCGGGAGAAUCUUCCUGAGAUGGUGUUUGCAUGUGAUAAACAAAUUCCUGUAGAACUGUGAUUUAAUAUAUACCUGACUCUGUAUUUGGCAGUAUUACAAGAUUUUCUACUUUUAAAGGAAAA